AAUAAUUAUUAACUUUAGAACGAAAAGAAAUCCAGAUUGGUCAAAGCAUUUGGCCGGAUUUUGGUGUUUUAUUAAUUAAAUUUUAAUUUUACGGCGUCUUUACCACGUCACUCGUUUUUCCUAUAAAUGGAUGGUUCCACUCCGUCUUCUUCAUUUGCAUAAACUCAUUCUUCUGCUGAACUAAGUUCUUUCAGAUGCUUAAAUGUUGAUUGUUGGAAGUGGAGUGUGGACGAUUCCCUUCAACCUCGACAGCCGAGAGACGCUGUUUUCUAACCCUAACCCUAAAAUUGAAAUCGGAGGAAGGCGUCAAGGAAUAAUUCAUGGUUCCACGUUUGUUUCAUUACUUUAAUUAAUGUUUUCAUCCUUCGGACAUGAAAGUAGUCGGUGAUUGAAGGUUGUUCGUGAACUCUUGUCACGCCUACUGCUGUGAAUCAUCCGAAAAUUAAGUAAUGGAUCGAAAAGGAAAAUCCCUAAUUUGAAAUAGAACCACAUAUGUCUCACAGCUUCAGUAAUUGGACUCCUCGGCAUAGUCAAGUGGCAUUCAGUUCAUAAUAACAAGAAGACAUAACAGACUCCACGGCGUCAGCUACAUGAUAUAAUAUUGGACUGCUAUUGGGAAGCAAUACCUCCCGGACUUUAUGACUUGGGGGAGACCCAUUCUGGAAAUUUCUUGCAUAACAUCGACCGUACGGGGGCAGAUGACAAAAUUAUAAAGGCAUUGCUAGAAUUUUAGUUUGCUUGGAACUAUCGAGAGCUCUGAUAUGCUAUUGGGUACUCGAUUCACCAAUAUAUGGCGAUGGGGGACGUCUACAUCAAUUUCUAGUUCUCAUGCUCUCCGCUUCAUUAGGCACUUCUCAUCCUCUUCUCAACCAGAGGAGUUGCAUUCAUUUAAUGAGGAUGAGGAUACUGAUGGGGCAUUUUUACCAUGGUUGGAGCGAAAAGCAGAGAUGAAGAUCUCAUCAGUGCUUUCUAUCGGGAAGUCUUCCAUUGGCAGGUUUCUGUUUGCUUCUGAGACUAUAAGAGCUGGAGAUUGUAUUUUAAAGGUUCCUUUCAAUGUGCAAAUCUCAUCUGAUAUUCUUCCUUCACCUAUUAGACAUCUGUUAGGCAAUGAGAUUGGAAAUGUUGCCAAGCUCGCUCUUGGAAUUCUACUUGAGCAGAAACUCAGUUUGGAUUCUGAAUGGGCUCCUUAUGUUACCCGACUUCCUCAACCAUGGGAGAUGCAUAACACAAUAUUUUGGUGCGAAAGUGAGUUGCAGAUGAUUCGUAAAAGCUCUUUGUAUGAGGAAUCACUUAAUCAAAGAUUACAAAUUGAAAGGGAAUUUGUGGCAAUCAGGCAAGUAAGUGCUUUGCUUCAGCUACAACUUGGCAUUUUCUUUGAUCUGGCCCUGGAAACCUUCCCUGAGAUAAUUGAUAGCUUCAACUACCAGCAUUUCAUGUAUGCUUAUGCUCUUGUUACUUCUAGAGCAUGGGGAAGUGCAAAGGGUGUCUCUAUGAUUCCAUUUGCAGAUUUUUUGAAUCAUGAUGGAACUUUAGAAGCAGUGAUACUAAAUGAUGACGACAACCAGCUCUCCGAGGUCAUUGCUGAUCGUGACUAUGCUCCAGGCGAACAUGUGCUAAUAAGUUAUGGCAAAUAUUCAAAUGCUACGUUGAUGUUGGACUUUGGGUUUGCACUUCCAUACAACAUGCACGAUCAGGUUCAGGUGCAGGUUGUAGCGACUGGAAAUGAUCCCUUGGCGAGAAUAAAGUUGGAACUUUGGCAAAGAAGUUGCACAUCAAAUACUAAAUAUUUUAAUGGCGUUUACUCACCCAAGAAUUCUUUCACAAUCAGGGAAGUGAGAUCCGCUACUGGGAAAGGGAGAGGUCUUCCCCAAUCACUUCGUGCAUUUGCUCGUAUUUUAUCUUGCAGUCAUCCCCAAGAGUUAAAUGACUUAAUUACUGAAGCAACUAAUGGCGAUGGUCGGUUGGCUCGAAUUCCACUAAAGAACGUCAAUAGAGAGGUUGAAGCACAUCAGAUCUUGCUCUCUCAAUUCAAACGAUUAGUUGAGGAGUAUAAUGAAUCUAUUGAGUCACUAGGGUUGGUUGAUUCUCCCUUUCUAUGCAAAAAGUUGGCACAACGGAAGCUAAUGGCCCGACAUCUUCUCAAUGGUGAGCUUUGUAUCCUCAAUUCUGCUCUUACUUGGCUGGAGAAUUAUUGUGAUACCUUUAAAAUAUUAUAGGACUUCAUCAGACUUUUAUGAA